GGCUUGAGUUGUUAAUAUAUAAACUAUAAUUUGCAUAUAAUUUAAUUAAAAUGCUUAACGAAUCGGGCGAUAGUACUAGUGAUGGCAUAUCGAUCCACACGUGCCGUACGUGCGAAACACGUAUACUCGGCAUACGCUAUCAUUGCGGUCAAUGCGAUCACUUUGAUCUAUGUGUGGCCUGUUAUCAACGCGACGGUCACACCCACGCCAUGGAUCAACUGAUACUUAUAGGCCAAUGGGUAGAGGUGGCGACGGUAGCGAACGGCCAAUCGCCGCGCCAAGCGAUCCAACGCUGCGCGCAGACUCUGGCCCACUCGUGCCGGUGUCGGGACGCGAACUGCGCCCUCCCAUCGUGUCAUAAGUAUAAAAAAGUGGCGCAACACUUCGCCCGGCACUGUCGACGCGUGGCCGCUAACCGACUCAAACUGGCCAACCAGAAGGCGGCCGCUGCGCCCGCCGGCGGCGGCAGCUGUGCCCUAUGCAAACAAUUGGUGGUCCUGUGCUGUUAUCACGCCAAACACUGUACGGAUAGCGAGUGUCCCGUUCUCUACUGUACAUACAUUAAGAGCAAACUGAGACAACGACAACGCGGGCAACGCCUACAACGGGUCCACAUUCUUAUGGCACGUAUAGCCUCUAUGGCCAGGAUGUCUGCCCAGUUAUCACGGCAACAACAAUCUCCAGUAUGUUUUGUAACUUUAUAA